UUUUUCAAUUUGGCUGUGAAACAACGAAGAACGUGAGCAAUCCGAUCAGAUCUCUCAAACGCGAACCGAUUCCACACAAAAGGCAGUGCGGAGCUUACUGGAAAUCAGGCGAAUGUGCAACGAAAGUGAAACGAAGUGCAGCAGAAGAACCGGAAGUGAGAGACACAGAAAAUUAGAAUACUUUCAAUUUGAGGCAGUCUAAGCCUCGAGCACACUCACUUAAUUCAAGUCACUGAGGGGCUUUGAACAAUUGGAUCACACUAAGUGGCAGGCAGUGUAACAUUCGAACAUUUAUUUUUUGGUGCAGUGUUAGCUUCGAACAACUGAAACACACACACACACACUCAAUUGGAUGGAGUGGAAGUGGGUGUAUGAAAGAAACAGCAAAGCAAGCGGCAGGAAGUGGCCAAACUAGCGAGCGAGAGCGACAGGGAGAGAGAGCGAGCGUAAACGAGUGAGACAAAGAGAGAUAACCGUCAAACAGCAGCAGAGCAGCGCCAGCGCAAACAGCUUCCAGUCGCAGUCUAAUUUUAGCACACUGAUGUCUAAAAAUAAACAACAAUUCCACAGGCACACAACCACAAACUCGGGCAAACAAACCCAUUGAGAGCAGGAGAGGAGAGAAACAGCCUGCAGAUCAGAGAGAAGUGUAAAACAGUUUCGAUUCGAAUUCCGCUUUCGUAAGUGUCGCGCGCGAUUAUCAGCUAUUUAUUCCACAGAAGCGCGCUGGCUGUUUAUAAGGAUAGUGAUAGCCCAAAAUCUGCGGCAACGCCAAAGGGUGCAAGGGAACGAACGAAGCAAACGGUGCGAACCGAGCAGGCGCAGCUUACGGGCCUUACAGGGAAACAGAGGCACAGAUAUAACGAAACGGAGCCAUCACAAAAUGCGAGGAGCGUGAGUUGGCAGAGCGAGAGGAGAGGCUAAGAGAGUGCACAUGACGAGCAAUCGAAUAUCGAGCAUAGAACAUCACUCAGCGGCCGGACAUUCAGUUGGCUCGGGCCGGCCAAGGCACGCUCUACUUUCGAGAUUCCACGUUCCACAUUCUACAUCCAAAACCAAUUUCACAUCCAACUUCAAGCCCAGCCGCAACGUUAGCGCUUGAAUCGCGUCAGCGCCAACGGCAACAUCUGCGUCGGCCGCAAUUCGCACUCGAAUCGAAUUCUGCUCAGGGACACGACGCCACACGAGAUGCAACAACAACUGCAGCUGAAGCACUCGAGCACACCAGCAGCAGCCCAAGCAAAAGCACGCGUCACCCCCCCAGUGCAGUUCGAUUGCCCCAGCCGCAGCACAGACACUCGCACCAAUCGCCUAUCGAUCCCGAUAACUCAUUGAAAGACAACUCAGAUCCCUGUCGAUCCGCUUCGGUGCACAAUUGUGUUCUUUCCGCACAAGCGGAAAGCUUCCCACAACUAUUUUCGUUUGUUUUUUUGUGCACGUAAUACAACCGCUCACCCCUCACUAAGCCCCAUGCCACAGAGGGAACUCCCCCAAAAAGAUAAACGUUAGUGUUAACGAUUUUUGUUGCUUUUUGUUUUGUUUUCGUCAAUUGAAUGUGAUUUUGAAACGGUGUGAUUGCAAAAGAAUUAAUAUGCAAAUUACCAAAAAGAAAGUUCCUUAGGCAAGUGAUAAUACGACAGAACUCAAGAGAGUGCACGCAUAUACACAAAAUACAAUAUAUACACAUAUGUCCUACGUAUAUCCACAACACAUACAUAUAUCUGCGUACAUAACAACACAAAGCAAGGCCCAGACAACUAGAAUAUACUCUUUCUACGCCCGGGACACGCAAGCAUGCAAACAUGAUUCUCGCAGUGCCAACAUCUAAAGUUAUCGUAGUGCUGGCUGCAGUCAUGCUGGGCCUGACGCUGUCUGGCAGCCCCCUGACCGAGGCGAGUCCUGUGACCACCGAUGAUGGUGGGGUGCGCACGCGCUGUGCCGACAUCCUAGCCGAGUCCAUACAACUUAUCUGCAGAAAUCGCACUCGCUCGCUGGCCGAUGCCUAUCCCAACAGCUUUGGGCGUCGCAACAAGCGCCUCUCCCCCGACGAGAUAUUCUACAGACCACUGCAGAACGGUCCCACCCACGAUUGUUGCAGCCGUCCGUGCAACUACACGGAACUCAAGCAGUACUGCGCUCCCCCUGAAAGUGAAAACUGAAUGAGAAAUCCAUCACUAGUACUAACCACCAGAUACCCUUUCAAGCUAGGCGUACCGUACAGUUGCAUACAUAAAUAUUGCACCAGCAUCCAGAUACUGUUCACCACCAGCACCAGCAGCAGCACCAGCAGUAGCAGCAUCCAGAAAAGCACCAGCAUCUACAACCACAUAGAGUACACAUACACUUAGUAUAUUCCACUAAUUUAAAUUACGCUCUAAUUGCACUUUGUAAAAAUAAACAUGCGCAUGCGAGAAAUCCUUCUAGGAAAAUGCCCACUUUGUUAUGGACACAUCCAUCUGAUAUUUGUUUAUACGUAUAAAUAAUCGUAAAUAUAUGCUUACUUCUCAUGUACUGUA